GCCGCGAGGCCCCUGGCGUUGGCAAGGCCGGGCCCGGCCCCGACGCCGCGCCGCCUUACGCCGAGCCCGACUGUCUCGACUCGCGACUCAGCACUGUCUUCUUUCCCAGGACUGGUUCCGAGGGGCCCGCAGGCGCCCAGACUCGCCCCCCGCCGGAGUGCCCCGGCCCGGCCCGGGAGCGGCCCCGUGUAGAGGUUCGAGGAGCCUGCCGAGUGCCAUCCCGGCGCCCGACCGCCCACCGCCCGGCCCGCCGGCCCGCUUCUUCCUGAUGCAGACUGCCGUCCACUAGAGGUUGGACAGACCCCCGAGGUGAUUCAUGGCAGGGGACGUGGAAGGAUUCUGUUCCUCCAUCCAUGACACCAGUGUCUCUGCCGGGUUCAGAGCACUGUAUGAGGAGGGAUUGCUUCUUGAUGUCACUCUGGUUAUUGAAGAUCAUCAGUUCCAGGCCCAUAAAGCACUCUUGGCCACCCAGAGUGAUUACUUCAGAAUUAUGUUUACUGCAGACAUGAGGGAGCGAGAUCAGGACAAAAUUCAUUUAAAAGGUCUAACUGCUACUGGUUUCAGCCACGUCCUUCAAUUUAUGUAUUAUGGAACUAUAGAACUGAGUAUGAAUACUGUUCAUGAGAUCCUUCAGGCUGCCAUGUAUGUUCAACUUAUAGAAGUGGUGAAGUUCUGCUGCUCUUUUCUAUUAGCAAAAAUCUGCUUAGAAAAUUGUGCAGAAAUUAUGAGACUCUUAGAUGAUUUUGGUGUAAACAUCGAGGGAGUCAGGGAGAAGUUGGACGCCUUUCUGCUAGACAACUUUGUGCCACUCAUGUCCAGACCUGACUUCCUGUCUUAUCUGAGCUUUGAGAAGCUCAUGUCUUAUUUGGAUAAUGAUCAUCUGAGCAGGUUCCCAGAGAUAGAGCUGUACGAGGCUGUGCAGUCUUGGCUGCGGCAUGAUAGAAGACGCUGGAGACACACCGAUACCAUCAUUCAGAACAUCAGGUUUUGUUUGAUGACCCCAUCCAGUGUGUUUGAGAAGGUUAAGACAUCCGAAUUUUAUAGAUACUCCCGACAGCUGCGCUAUGAAGUUGACCAAGCAUUGAAUUACUUUCAGAACGUUCACCAGCAGCCUUUGUUGGACAUGAAAUCCAGCCGCAUCCGCUCUGCCAAACCCCAAACUACAGUAUUCCGAGGAAUGAUUGGACAUAGCAUGGUUAACAGUAAAAUCCUUCUCUUAAAGAAGCCAAGAGUCUGGUGGGAGCUGGAGGGCCCGCAGGUUCCUCUGCGCCCGGACUGCCUUGCUAUCGUCAAUAACUUCGUGUUCUUGUUGGGCGGGGAAGAACUGGGCCCAGAUGGCGAAUUCCAUGCUUCUUCCAAAGUGUUCAGGUAUGACCCGAGGCAGAACUCUUGGCUCCGGAUGGCAGACAUGUCAGUGCCACGUUCAGAGUUUGCAGUUGGUGUUAUUGGGAAGUUUAUUUACGCCGUAGCUGGCAGAACCAGAGAUGAGACUUUCUAUUCAACCGAGAGAUACGACAUCACCAAUGAUAAAUGGGAAUUCGUGGAUCCUUAUCCAGUUAACAAAUACGGACAUGAAGGGACAGUGCUCAACAACAAGUUGUUUAUCACCGGUGGAAUCACCUCAUCUUCCACCUCCAAACAAGUGUGCGUGUUCGACCCCAGUAAAGAAGGGACCAUAGAACAGCGGACCAGAAGAACGCAAGUGGUUACCAACUGUUGGGAGAAUAAGAGCAAGAUGAAUUACGCAAGAUGCUUUCACAAGAUGAUUUCUUACAACGGCAAGCUUUACGUCUUCGGUGGUGUCUGUGUGAUCUUGAGGGCCUCUUUUGAGUCUCAGGGAUGCCCUUCCACAGAAGUGUACAACCCAGAGACUGAUCAGUGGACCAUCUUGGCAUCCAUGCCAAUUGGCAGAAGUGGCCACGGUGUGACUGUGCUGGACAAACAAAUAAUGGUUCUCGGAGGCCUUUGCUACAACGGUCAUUACAGCGAUUCCAUCCUUACUUUUGAUCCAGAAGAAAACAAGUGGAAGGAAGAUGAGUACCCGCGGAUGCCCUGCAAGCUGGAUGGUUUACAAGUGUGCAACCUGCACUUCCCGGAAUAUAUACUGGACGAGAUGUCAGCGUAGGAGUCCUGCAUCUUCUAAGAGAAGACCUGAUAAGUGUCACUGGAUGUAAUUUCGGUUCCUAUCUCAAUCUGAAAUCUUUUGGAACGUUUCAGUGUAUUACAGUCUGUUAGACCUUUUGGUUUUAUAAUUUAAGUUUAAAACUCUUGACCUUUUUGCAUGGCUAUUUGCUGAAAAUGCAAAAAUAUAAAUUUUCUACAAAGUUAACUUUUUUAUAUUCAAAACACUAUUUCUAAGCUGCCUUCUCUUAUCUGCAUUGUGUUAGUGAAAGCAUAUCCAUACUUGCAUACAUCUUACGAACAUAUAAGGCACAUCUCCUUUUAUGCGUGGUUAGGAUUCUAUAUUUUUAAGCUAGUGCACUUGCACACACAGUUUGCCAUACUUGUUGAAUUUUAGAUGUAACGUCUUUUCGUGUAUUAACAUUUUUAGAAAGUUAAAAUAACUGGAGUCCUCAUUGGUAUCAAAGUAGCCUAUCUUCAGUCCAUACUGAUUCAGUAAUAUUGGAACUCCGUGUAUUCCUGAAACAUGUAUGGAUUUCUGAAAACUAACAUUUUAUAUUUUCUUUUCAAAAGUAAACGUUAGUGUUCCUUAUUCAAUGUAUGUCUUCUUUUUGAAAAUGUUUUUCUUUGCAGUCUGUUUAACGUUACCCUGUUUUUAGUGAGAAUCGGAGUGGUAGACGCAGCCCGGGCCUUGCGGCGUGCAAGCACUUUUAAAGAGCAUUUAGGUCAUACCAGACUCCUAAAUAGAGGCCCCUUAAAAGUAAGUGCAACUCCCAUUCUUUACACUCAGUAAGGCUGCUGCGUCUGUUAUUGAAUGGAAAGUAGCAACUCGUGGAAAAUUUGAGCUCAUUUUUGACGUAGAGGUAAGAAACAGAAUUAUAAUCUUACUGGUCAUAUCUACUUGUUUAUUUAGUACAGAAUACUUAGUGGCACCGGGGAUGUAAGCCCCCAGCCUUUGUUUUAUUUACUGAAAGCUACUAGCAUGAAGGAUAGUAACCUCAAAGUUCAGAACAGAUCAAGAAUAACUGUUUAAAAGCAUUUAUAGUAAGUGUUGUAGGAUUAGCCGCGCACCUUUCAACUCUUUAAACUCAGAAGGAAGAACAAGAUUAAGCAAGAAUAACCAGGGAGUGGAUCAUUCACAUGGAUGCCAUUUUCUCCUGAGUAGAGUCUAUAUCUGAUACAGACUAGUUCUACACUGGCAAAACUUGCCAGGUCUUAGGAUAUUGGUGCAAUAUUGCAAUGCCUUCUUCUAUGGCUGUUGUAUAAAUUUUCUAGUUUCACUUUUUUUUUUUU